AUAUAAAGACGUGUUGAAGCUCCAGGUAUGGAAAAUAGAUCAGAACGAUUUCAUCCCUAUCCAAAUAAUAUACCCAUCUUCCUUUACUUAACUCAAGUCUUUGCUUAAUCAAUCAGUAGUUUUACAAGGAAAUCAGUCUUUUCAAUGGCAACAUUGCAGCAGAUGAUCAACUUUGCCCCUGCAAUUCAUUCGUCAGUGUGCAAAGAUAGUGUGAAAAAGCGAAAUGGGCAUGUUGUUAGAGUAUCUGGGUCUCUGUCAGAGCAGAAUGAUGCCAUACAUCAGGUGAAGGAGUCUCCUUUCAAGAGGACUCUCCUCAGAGGGAUGCAGGAGCCUUCUCCCAUUCAGAAAGCUGAAAAUGACAUGAUGGAUUAUUGUAGCACACUGGAGGGCGACGAGGGAUAUCAGUGCUGGGAGGCCUAUUUUGAGUUUGAGGACAUGAAGAAAGAAUCCAUAGCAGAAGCUGAAGCUGGUUCCGAAACCGCGAAAGAUGAUCUUGUAAAAAUGGUACGGCAAUCAGGAGGUGUGAAAAGUCUGGUUGAAAAUGUGCAUUUUGUGACAAAAAUCUCGAAAAUGCGCAAGGAUGCUGUAGUGCCUGAGCAUUCCACAGUGAACUCUCAUAAUCUGGAAGAGGAGGAGAAGAGGCGGCCAUUCCCUGAGCCAGACGGACUGCCCAAAUCACAAAAAGAGUUGGAAGAAGAAGAAAAGGCACUGAUGCCCGAUUCCUCUUAUACAAGAUUGUUCAGAAGAUUGGCCCGCGGCCGAUCUCCUGCCUGGUACACUCCACGCCCUGAUCAUGAAACAGAUUGAGAUCAUUCACCCACCAUACAUACAUAAUGUUAAUUACCAGUUCUCUGUAAAUACCUGGUUCUGCGCAUAGGUUUUCCUAUGAUAUUAUCUGUUAAUUGUAAUUUUGCAGAAACAGGAUUUGGAAAUUUUUAUAUAGAUUUAGAGCGAACUGUAAAAUAUGAAAAGAUAAGUAGGCUUACUAUUUUCGAUUUCCCGGUUUUGGAUUAGCCCGCCCGCGGUAUUGUGCAGUGGAAGUGUUGAAUAAAGGCAAGGGGCAACUGUGAAAACAAAUUAUGUUAUGGAAUGAAUUUUAUUUCGCCUUCA